UGGCUCGAGCCGGCCCAGCCGAGGCAACAGGGCAAGCAUCUGGCCAGCGGCGCCCCGCAGAGGGAUGACCACCCGCUACAAGAAGAACCGCCACCUGCGCGGGGCGAUCUCGGCCGGGCGCGGGCGCAUCGGGAAGCACCGCAAGCACCCAGGCGGGUGCGGCAACGCGGGAGGCCAGCACCACCACCGCAUCAAUUUCGACAAGUACCACCCGGGCUACUUCGGCAAGGUCUGCGAGGGGAGGUCGGCGGCGCACCCCGGGGGGAGCCUCAACGACACGCCGCCGUUUCGGGAGUCCGUCGCCGUGCUGGUCCUUCCCCGUUGUCCAGAGGCCUGGUGCCUCUUCGGCCUCCUCGCGGUGGGCAUGCGCAACUUCCACCUGAUCAAGCACGGCAAGGUGUGCCCCCUCAUCAACGUGGACAAGCUCUGGUCUCUGGUCCCCGAAGGCACGCGGGAGCAGUUCGCGGCAAAGAAGGACAAGGCUCCCGUGAUCGACGUGAUGAAGGCGGGCUACAUGAAGGUUUGCGGCAAGGGCCAACUGCCAGAGCAGCCCUUGAUCGUGAAGGCGCGCUACUUCACGAAGGAGGCCGAGGUCAAGAUCAAGGAGGCAGGGGAGAUCAAGGAGGCAGGCGGCGUCUGCGUGCUGGUGGCUUGA